AUGGCCACCGAUGCCAGGGACCAGGAGUGGUUGCCCAACGAUGGUGGGGUGUCGGACUACGUCUCGAAGCUGCUGCAGAUCCAGGGCGAGGAGGCGGCGCAACUGAUACAGCUCAGCCUGAGGAGAAGCGCAGGCAUCGACGUCAUGGGCCAGCGCUUCGACGCUGCAGUGCUGAAGGAGGCGCUGCAGAGGUGGGACCUGGCCGAGGCCGUACUGCACGGACGAGGCGGCGCGCCCGAGGCCGCGGGCACCAGCACCUGGAGCGUGCCCGAGGUCGCAGGUGCCGACACCCCAAGCGCUCAUAAGUUGAGGGCGCUCCUCUCGCAGGCUGGCGUGGAUUGCGCCGCCUGCGUGGAGAAGCGGGACCUGCAGUCGCUCUGGGAGCGCUUCGAGCUGCUCCGCUCCCGCCCGCUGCCGGAGUUGCGCGCCUCCUGCGCCGCAGCCGGCGGGCCGCAGCAGGGCUCCGCAGAGGAGUGCGCGAGGUUCUUGCUGACGCCAGAUCCUGCAGCCAGGCGCCUGCCAGAGGCGGCCGCAGCUUCCCCGGCCGCCGCAGACCCCGGGGCUGCGUCGGGCCCCGGGCCCGCUCGGGCCCCGAUGGGCCCCAGCGCCGCUGCGGCCUGCUCCGAGCGCGAGCGUGAUGCGCUCCGGGAGGCGCAGCGCAUACAGGGGCUGAGGAGAGAGGCGUUCCGGACUGCGGCGGCAUGGGGCUUCGCCGUGCUCGCCGUGGCCGAGCGCGACUUGAGCGCAGUGCACCGGGGCUACAGGGCCUUGAUGAAGAAGCUCCACCCCGAUAAGGCGGGGAGCUCGCCAGACGUGGAGUGCGCUGCGGAGAGCGUGAGGCAGGCAAAGGCGCUGUGCGAGAGAGGUCUCUCGCGGGAGACCCCGCCCGGGAAGCCCAGGCAGCUGCAGUUCUCCGUCGUCUGCGGCCAGCCUGGUAGACGGAGAUUCAAGCUCAGCUGGGCGGCCCCAGAGGGCCGGUCAGGCGGGCCGGUCCGGAAGUACGUGGUGGCCGCAGUGGACCCAGCGUACGGCAAGGCGUUGUCCGUCGGCGUGUUGGAGCCAGACUACAGCGAGGAGCUGAAGAGAUUCGUCUCGGUCGACGAAAUGAAUUCAUUCGUCCUCGCGGAGGACGAGCUCCAGAAAAUGCCCAAGCUCUGGCAGCAAGGCCGCGCUCAGGUGCAGGUUGCCGCGGCCAACGACGCGGGGCAGUCCCCGUGGGAGGUGUUGCAGGUUCCCUUGACGGGGCUCGCCCCCGAUGCAGUCAGCGAAGCAGGUCCACCCAGGUGCCGUUGCCGAGGGAGGAGGGGACGCUCAUGUGGUUGCCGAUCCGUGCGCCUUCGCAGCCGAGAUGUACAAGCAUCAGGGAGCGGCGCUCUACAGAUGGCUCAAGGACCAGAAGAGAAUCGUGCUGUCGGCGUGGCUGCGGUCGGUGCAUGCGCCGUGCACUGGCAGCAAGGCCGAGCUCGUAGAUAG